AUGGUACUUGAUAGAUGUGUAAAGGUUAAUCUCGUGAUAAAUUGGGAGAAAUGCCAUUUCAUGGUUAGACAAGGGAUAGUACUUGGACACAUAGUGUCCGCUAAGGGGAUUGAAGUCGACAAAGUAAAAAUAGAAGUUAUAGAAAACCUUCAACCCCCAAAAACUGUUAGAGAAAUACGAAGCUUCUUAGGACAUGCCGUUUUUACCGAUGACGCCAAACCAAGACUCCUAAGAUGGUUUCUUCUCUUGCAAGAAUUCGACUUAGAAAUCAAAGGCAAGAAGGGCACUGAGAACGAUGUUGCUGACCACCUGUCUAGACUUGAGAAUAUGAAAAUCGAGCAACAACCAAUCAAUGAUGAUUUCCCAUAUGAUCGACUUGUAGCUCAAUUAGAAGGUAACACAACUAAAUGCUCUUUAAUUUAUAAUGACGCAGAAACUGGUGAAGUUGUGGAGGCCAUGUUUACUAAAACUACCGUGUUGUGGUAUGCCGACUUUGUCAACUACCUAGCGACCAAAGUACUUCUUCCAGAGCUAACUUACCAGCAGAAGAAGAAAUUCUUCCACGACUUGAAACAUUACUAUUUGGAUGAGCCCCUUCUUUUUAAAAGAGGCGUCGAUGGUAUCUUCCAUCGCUGUGUCCCAGAGGAAGAAGUCGAAUACAUCAUAUACCAUUGUCAUGGUGCACCCUAUGGGGGGCAUGCAAGCACCUCGAAAACUUGUGCAAAGAUCUUACAAUCCGGCUUCUUCUGGCCUAAUCUGUGGAAAGAUGUCCACUUCGCGGUUGUAAAUUGCGAUCGGUGCCAAUGCACUGGAAACAUCUCUAGACGCGAUGAGAUGCCUCUGAAAGGUAUCUUGGAAGUAGAAGUUUUUGAUGUGUGGGGCAUUGACUUUAUGGGUCCAUUUCCAUCCUCUUUUGGUAAUAAAUACAUACUUGUCAACGUCGACUAUGUGUCAAAAUGGAUUGAAGCAAUAACUUCACCUACAAAUGAUGCAUGA